UAUUCCAGCUGUGAACUGGCAGUACCAUUGGGAGGGAAGCAGAAACAUGUCACCCUUCUGCUCCAUCGCUGCGGGAAGCACAAACCCCUCUGCCCCUGCCGGGGCUGGCACCCCCUGCCUACAGCACUGGGGCAGAGCCUGCUGCUGCCGUGCUGCGAGCGCGGGGGUUUGGCAGCGGGAUGGAGCAGCGGGACGGAGCUGACGACUCUCGGCGCGCUCUGCAGCGUCUGUGCUGUCCCUCGCCCUCCCACCCACCGGUGGUUACUCAGCAGGCUCCACACGUCGCUGGAAACGAGCCUGUUCUUACCCUGCUCCCGAGGAAGCGGCUAUGACUGUGAUGCUCAAGGACGAGCCUGGGCCUCCCACUGUCCCCUCCCUCAGCAGCACACACAAACUUACCUAAGCUCUUAUCUUCUCGGGCGCUGCCUGAGCAGCUUUUGGUUGGCUGGAGGCUGGAGCGCUGCUGGGGCCCCCUCCCCGCUCUCCCGCCUCCCACCCGAUAUAAAGCGCGGCUCCGCGCCGCUGGAGCAGCCGCCGGCGCAGACCGCGGGCAGGGGGUGCCUGUUUCAGCCCGCUGCCACCCCCGUGAGGAGCCGAUGAGUUGCUGGAUGCCCCGGUGCCCAGCUCUCAGCAUGUGCCGGGGCUUAGCCGCGCUCCCCAUCACUUGCCUGGAAAGAGCCAAGGAUCUGAAGACCCGCUUGGGCAUCCUGCUUCAUAAACCCGAGCUGGGACACAAGAUCGGGAGCUCCAGCAAGCUGCAGCUGGGCUCUAGGCGCAGAGACUCCUCCCAAGAGGUGCUGGAAUGGAGGGAGUCGUUUGACCAGCUCCUCAAGAGCAAAAGUGGGGUAAACGCCUUCCACACGUUCCUCAAGACUGAAUUCAGCGAGGAGAACCUCGACUUCUGGCUGGCGUGCGAGGACUUCAAAAAGACCCGGUCAAAAACCAAGCUAGCCUCCAAAGCCAACAGGAUCUUCGAGGAGUUUGUCCAAAAUGAGGCGCCCAGGGAGGUGAACAUCGACCACGAAACCAGGGAGAUCACCCGCAAGAACCUCUCGGGGGCCACCUCGGCCUGCUUCAACGAGGCGCAGGCCAAGACCCGCACGCUGAUGGAGAAGGACUCCUACCCCCGUUUCCUCAAGUCCGCCUCCUACCAGGACAUGUCCAGGCAGGCCGCCAGCCGUGGCUCCAGCAAGCGCUCGCACACCUGACGCGGGCCCGGCGCGCCGCGGGGGGACGAGCCGGGGCCGGCCACAGGGUGGGACCAGGUUUGCCAGGGCUGAGGCCCGCGUGGCAGGGUUUUGGCUGGAGUUCUGGAAUUUUGGUGGAAUCCCCAGCGCCUCGAGCCGGAUCCGGUGUUCGUCCCUCUCCGCUGGGAGCCCGGAGCCUCCCCUUGCAGCUCGGCCGGAGACCUGCACCACUGCGGGCACGGAAAGAAACCGGGUUUGAGCUGCGAGUCCGGGGAGAAGGACAGGAUUGCCCCAAGCAUCCACAGCCGAAGAGCUCCCAGCUGCUCCCCGACCUGCGGCAUCUGCGGGGCCAGCACGGGGGACUGCCACUCCCACUGCAGGGAAUGGACGGGAUAAAAGCCCCGGGGCUACGUGGCAUUUUCAGCUGGAGGGAUCCUGCGCCUGCCUUCUCCUGAUCCCAAGAUCCUCCAGCUGUAUCCUAUGCAUGCUCUGCAUCGAAGCUUUCCACCUCCUUCCAGUGCAGUGACGCUUUUAUCCCUCGCUUGAGCUCCACGACCUUGAGACUGCACCUAAUCUUAGGUUGAGUGCGUGGCGUUUUACUCCUAUUAUUGUUAUUUAUUUUAUCGUUGUGGUCAUUAUUAUAUCUAUAUUUAUUAGAGGAGCACUGCUGAAAGCACACACGCAUGUCCCUCGCCCCGAGGAGCUUGUAAAUUAAAUUAUUUUAGCUGUUGUAGCACUUAGCAUGCCUCCCACCUUUUCUGUGUAAUGAUUUGAGAGGACCAGACAGAUUUGUAGCACAGUUGUGGAGCAAGGUACGGCGGCAGCAGCAGGGAGAGCUGCCAGAGGACCACAGAGGCAGUGCAAGGAUGCUUUGCAGCCCACGCUGUUUCCUCUCUCCCCUUAAAGGUGUGGGAGGCAUCUCAGCAGCUUGUCCUAGGCAGGGAACAGAGAGGUCAAACAGGCACUUUGGGGAGCAACCCCAUGGAAAACUUGAUUUUCACACAUGGGAGAAAAAACCCUGGGCUUUGCCUGGGUUUAUGAUUUGGCUUGGUGUUCCCUUGGAUGGUGAAACCAGUCUGCAGCCACAGCACUUUACCAGAAACCCGUGGAGUGAGCAAAAUCAGUGCCGUGAAUUCAGUGACUCAGAGGAGUGGCAGGACACAUCAGCCCAGCCCUGGGGGCAGCUCUUCAGAGGGUCCCUCUCAGCAGGAAUUUUGGGGUCCUGGAGAGGUGUGGAUCCCACUUGGCAGCAAUGGUGGCAGCAGCUGCCUGGGUGGGUGAUGUGGAACCUGUGCUGGGAAUGUGCCACCGGCACUGCUCCCUGCUGAGGGCUGCUUUCCAGGGCUCUGUUUAUCCCAAAAGACCAAACCUGGAGAUCCUUAUCCCACUGGUCCUCACUCCUUGCCAGGGGAACUCUCUUUUGCCCCGCUGUCUCAGCAACAGCCAGAGCACAGCAUCCUUUGGGCUUUUCACAGCUGCCUGAGCAGAGCAGGGCACCAAGGACCAGUUUGGGGAUGUUACUCUGAGUGCCCUUCCACCAUCCCCAUCCUGGUCCCACCUCUGAGCCUCUGGCUGUUGUCCUGGCUGUGUUUACAGGGAGAUACCAGCUGCUUUCUUAUUUAUUAUUUAUUUCUACAACUGGAACCGCCCUGGCUGUGUUACUGACGCGAGCGAUGCACAAUGGUCUGUUCUCAUUUCCGACGUGACGUUGUCAUUACAAAAUAAAACGUAAAGAGAAAAACACCCUGACAGCAUGGCCUGGGUCUGUUUUUUUUUUU